AUGGAUUCGUCUGCCGCAUACGAUUACGACAAGCAACAAUUAAGACGGGAGGCCGAAUCUUUACGGGCACUCGCUAUUUUUGGUGUUUGUCUUUCAACUGUAGCUACCUUAAUUUGUGUAAUGUCAAUUCCACUUUCUUCUUUAUAUUUCCAACAAAUGGGGUCUUCAUUACAAGGAGAACUUGAUUUUUGUAAAUCGAGAAGUGGAAAUAUUUGGCAAGAAGUGACAAGGACACAAGUUCUUUCUGCUCCAAGCAGAGGACCACGUAGCACCCGAGCUGCAUCUACAAGCGGAGGUGAAUGCUGUGGUUGCGGCGUUUCUCCACGUGGACCACCUGGACCUCGCGGUGAACCUGGAAAGGACGGAUCAGAUGGACGACCUGGAGCAAAUGGAGAGCCAGGAAUUGACGCUGGACCACCACCCACUGUACUUCUUGCCGAGCCAUGCCAGACUUGUGAAGCUCCAAUUCAUGGACAGCCAGGACCAAGAGGACCACCCGGAUCUGAUGGGAAAGAAGGAGAGCCAGGAAUUGAUGGUGAUGGCGGACCACGAGGACCACCUGGACCAGAAGGACCACCUGGACCUGACGGAGAACCAGGCUCAGACGGAGAGCAAGGACCACCUGGAGAACCCGGAGUUGUCAAGGAAGGACCUCCAGUUCAAGGACCCCCCGGAGAACCAGGACCCGAUGGAGAGCCGGGAGCACCUGGAGAGCCUGGAGCCCCAGGCAAGCCCGGUUUUGCUGGUCCACAAGGAGCCCCUGGAGAUGGUGGAUAUCCUGGCCAACCUGGAAAGCCAGGAGGAAAUGGACAGAAAGGACAAGGAGGACAGAAGGGUCCAAAUGGUGCUUGCGAUCAUUGUCCACCUGCCCGAACAGCGCCAGGAUAUUAA